GAAAACGUCCUGACAUUACACAAGAUUUACCCGAUUAUUAUUCCUUAAUAAUGCAGGCUUGCUGGAGUAGAGAUCCAGAACUGCGACCUAAGUCACGUGAAUUAGAAACAACAUUUGUCGGAUUGACUGAGAAAAUCAUGAAUGGGCAAUUAAUUUGCCCUAAGAAAUUGGAAACAACAAAUGCAAUUUCAAAUUAUCCAUUCAAAAAUAGCUCAAGUCAAAUACUUCCUUCCUUAUCCAUUGAGCAGCUUAAAUAUUUGGAAGAGAUGGAUGAACGAAGUGAAGCUCUCUAUCAGAAUUCCAUUAACCAACGUCUUCUUGAGAUCAAUCUAAUAAUGGAGGUAACCUAA